UCUCCUGGUGGUGCUUUUGAGUUAUUGCAGCAGCUUUUUCCCGGAUCCCUUCCCCUCAGGGGACUUCAAAACGCAACAGGCCAAAAUUAUUUUGAUGAUGACUAUGAUUUUGAAGAUGAAGAUAAUGAUGAGUUAGAAAGACCUGUUAGGUGGGGUCUGAGGCGAUCUAGUCGUCUUGCUUCACGUGGUAACACGGCGACGCAUACGGGUCGUGGGUACACUCCUUACAGACAUAAUAUACGCGUUUCAAAUCCUCACAUGGAGGGAAUACGCCCCUCUGAUUCUCCAAUUUCUUUCGCAGCUGGAGCCUCUUCAAAGUGA